AUGGGCAACCAGCUAGCGGGCAUCGCCCCGUCGCAGAUCUUGUCGGUGGACAGCUACUUCUCGGACAUCCACGAUCACGAGUACGACAAGAGCCUUGGCAGCACGCGCUUCUUCAAGGUGGCGCGCGCCAAGCACCGCGAGGGCAUGCUGGUGGUCAAGGUCUUCGCCAUCCAGGACCCCUCGCUGCCGCUGGGCAGCUACAAGCAGGAGCUGGAGGAGCUGAAGAUUCGCCUGCACUCUUGCCACAACUGCCUGCCCUUCCAGAAGACCUCGCUGACGGAGAAGGCCGCCAUCCUCUUCCGCCAGUACGUGCGCGACAACCUCUACGACCGAAUCAGUACGCGGCCCUUCCUCAACGACGUGGAGAAGCGCUGGCUGGCCUUCCAGAUCCUGACCGCCGUGGAUCAGGCGCACAAAGCCGGCGUGCGGCACGGCGACAUCAAGACGGAGAAUGUGAUGGUGACCAGCUGGAACUGGGCGCUGCUGAGCGACUUCGCCAGCUUCAAACCCACCUACCUGCCCGAGGACAACCCGGCCGAUUUCAACUACUUCUUCGACACGUCGCGCCGGCGCACCUGCUACAUCGCGCCAGAGCGCUUCGUGGACGGGAGCAUGUUUGCUGCCGAGAGCGACCAGAACACACCAUUGGUGGACCUGAGCAGCGGCAAUCAGAGGAGCAGGGGCGAGCUCAAGCAGGCCAUGGACAUCUUCUCUGCAGGCUGCGUGAUCGCCGAGCUCUUCACGGAGGGCGUCCCGCUCUUCGAUCUGUCUCAGCUGCUAGCGUACCGCAAAGGGCUCUUCCAGACGGAGCAAGUCCUGGAAAAAAUUGAGGACCGCAGCAUCCGCGAGCUGGUGGCCCAGAUGGUUCAACGGGAACCGGAACGGCGCUUGGCGGCCGAGGACUACCUGAAGCAGCAGCGAGGGAAAGCCUUCCCCGACAUCUUCUACACGUUUCUUCUGCCGUACAUGGCGCAGUUCGCCAAAGACACGUUCCAGUCGGCCGACGAAAGGAUACUGGUCAUACGCAAAGACCUGGACAACAUUCUGCACAACCUCAGAGACACCUCCCAUGACGCGGACGAGGGUCGAGUUAGCGCCAAGGAGCAGCAAGGCCUGACGGUGCUGGCGUCGGUCAUCACUUCCUGCCUGCAGACGCUCCACUCGUGCGACUCCAAGCUGGCGGCGCUGGAGCUGGUCCUUCACCUGGCGCCGCGUCUGGGCGUGGACAUCCUGCUAGACCGCAUCACGCCCUACCUGCUGCACUUCUGCAACGACCCGGCGCCGCGGGUUCGCGCCCAGGCCGUGCGGACCCUCACCAAGGUGCUGGCGCUGGUCAAGGAGGUGCCGCGGAACGACGUCAACAUCUACCCGGAGUACAUCUUGCCGGGGAUCGCUCACCUGGCGCAGGACGACGCUACCAUCGUCAGGCUGGCGUACGCGGAAAACGUGGCGCACCUGGCCGAAAGCGCCCUACGCUUCCUGGAGUUGGUGCAGGAGAGCAACGUCAGUGCGGAUCAGGACGGCAACGGCGAGGAGACGGAGGAAACGCUACACCCCAACGACAACUACGACUCAGAGUUGCAGGCGCUCCACGAGAUGGUGCAGCAGAAGGUGGUGACUCUGCUGAGCGACUCUGAGAACGUGGUCAAGCAGUCGCUAAUGGAGAACGGCAUCACGCGACUCUGCGUCUUCUUCGGCCGGCAGAAGGCCAACGACGUGCUGCUCUCGCACAUGAUCACCUUCCUCAACGACAAGAACGACUGGCACCUGCGCGGCGCCUUUUUCGACAGCAUCGUGGGCGUGGCGGCGUACGUGGGCUGGCAGAGCUCGGCCAUCUUGAAGCCGCUCCUCCAGCAGGGUUUGAGCGACACGGAGGAGUUCGUCAUCUACAAGGCGCUCAACGCGUUGACGUGCAUGUGCCAGCUGGGUCUGCUGCAGAAGCCGCACAUCUACGAGUUUGUCGGCGAUAUCGCGCCCUUCCUGUGCCACCCCAACCUGUGGAUCCGUUACGGCGCGGUGGGUUUCAUCACGGUGGUCGCCCAGCACCUCAACGUGGCCGACGUCUACUGCAAGCUGAUGCCGCACCUCAACCCCUUCGUCACGCAGCCCAUCAUCCAGAUCGACAAGGAGCUGGUCCUGCUGAGCGUCCUGAAGGAGCCGCUGAGUCGCUCCAUUUUCGACUACGCGCUGCGCUCUAAGGACAUCGCCAGCCUCUUCCGCCACCUGCUGCUGCGGCAGAAGAAGCGGGCCGGGUCCAUCCCGGCGUGCCCGCCUCCCGAAGACCCCGCCGUGGCUCAACUUCUCAAGAAGCUGCUCUCGCAGGGAAUGACGGAGGCGGAGGAGGACAAGCUGCUAGCCCUCCGAGACUUUAUGCUAAAGUCCAACAAGGCUAAAGCUAACAUGGGCGAACAGACGCAUCUGGGCGAGGCGGCUCAGACCGGCGUGGUGGACUUGGCCUUGCUAGGCAUCAGCGGACGGCAAGUGGACCUCGCCAAGCCCAAGGGCGAGCCAGACGACAAACGAGCGAGGAAGCACACCAAGCAGGAUUCCAUCAUGAACGAGGAAUGGAAGAGCAUGUUCGGAUCACAAGAACCCGCCUCUAACGCCAACGCCGCCGCCACGCAGGCUUCUACGGUAACACUCGUUACAGAUUUUUUAAAAUUUACAGAAAGCGUAGUCACAUUUUAUUCUAUUUGUGCCUUAACAUUCUACGUGCAGGUUCCCGACGGGCCUUCCGGACAAUCCCGAAAGAACCCGGCGGCGACGCCGGCGACGCAACAGUCGGCGACGAGCGGCCUGGCGUACCAGCGUCGCGCCAACACUUGCAAGGUGGAGCUUCAGCAGCUGGUCCAGCAGAAGCGCGACCAGUGCAGCGCCGAACGCAUGGCCAAGCAGAUGAUGGAAAGCGCCGAGUGGGAGAGUCGGCCGCCGCCGCCCGGGUGGCACCCCAAGGGUCUCCUGGUGGCUCACCUGCACGAGCACAAGGCGGCGGUCAACCGCAUCCGCGUGUCGGACGAGCACGCCAUCUUCGCCACGGCGUCCAACGACGGCGCCGUCAAAGUGUGGGACAGCCAGAAGAUGGAGGGCAAGACCACCACCACCAGGUCGGUGCUGACGUACUCGCGGGUGGGCGGCCACGUCAAGACGCUCACCUUCUGCCAGGGAUCGCACUACCUGGCCGUGGCGUCUGACAACGGCGCCCUUCAGCUGCUGGCCGUGGAGGCCAAUAAGCCGCCAAAGUCGCCAAAAGUCCAACCCUUCCAGACCAGGUCUCUGAACCUCCAAGAGGACGGCUGCGCAGUGGACCUGCAGCAUUUUAACUCGGGCGCUCAGUCGGUGCUAGCGUACGCCACGGUCAACGGCUCGCUAGUGGGCUGGGACCUUCGCUCCAACGCCGACGCCUGGACGCUUCGCCACGACCUGCGACUGGGGCUCAUCACCUCCUUCAGCGUGGACAUGCACCAGUGCUGGCUCUGCCUCGGCACGAGCAGCGGCACCAUGGCGUGCUGGGACAUGCGCUUCCAGCUGCCCAUCUCCAACCACACACACCCGGCCCGCGCCCGCAUCCGACGCCUGCUCAUGCACCCGCUGUACCAGUCGUCGGUCAUCGCCGCCGUUCAGGGUAACAACGAGGUGUCCAUGUGGGACAUGGAGACCGGAGAUCGCAAGUUCACGCUGUGGGCCAGUUCGGCGCCUCCGCUCUCGGAGUUGCAGCCAUCGCCUCACAGCGUACACGGCAUCUACUGCAGUCCGGCAGACGGGAAUCCUCUGCUGCUCACCGCCGGCUCCGACAUGAGGAUCAGGUUCUGGGAUCUGGCGUACCCGGAGAGGUCCUACAUCGUGGCGGGCGGAGCCAACGACUCCCUGCACUGCCCUUCCGUCCUGUACAGCCGGAAGAUCAUCGAAGGCACCGAAGUGGUGCAGGAAAUCCACAGCAAACAAAAAAGCGGCGCCGCCGAAGACUCGCCACGGCGCGGCCCCGACUCGCUUCCCGUAGGCCAUCACGACAUCAUCACCGACAUCGCCACCUUCCAAACCACGCAAGGUUUCAUCGUCACUUCGUCCAGGGACGGCAUCAUCAAAGUCUGGAAGUGA